AUGAACAACAUUGGAAAGAUUGCUAGAUGUGCCACACAACAACUUGGCGCUAGGUCAUUCACCACAUCGGCCACACCUUAUGUCUUGCCAGACUUGCCCUAUGACUUUGGCGCUUUGGAGCCAGUGAUCUCUGGUGACAUCAUGAAGCUGCACCACCAGAUGCAUCACAAGGCUUACGUCACCAACUUCAACGCUUCACUCGAGAAGUACCAGGCAUGUGAGGCUGCCAAGGACAUUGCUGGCAUGAUUGCCCUCCAGCCCGCACUCAGGUUCAACGGUGGUGGUCACAUCAACCACAGCAUCUUCUGGACCAACCUUGCACCAAAGAACCAACAAGGUGGUGUUGCUCCAACCGGUCCAUUGGCUGAGGCUAUCAACAAGCAAUGGGGUUCAUUGGAGAAGUUCAUUGAGACAUUCAGUGCACAGACUGUUGCCAUUCAGGGAUCUGGUUGGGGUUGGCUUGGAUACUGCCACACCACUGGCAGACUCGUCACUCAGACCUGUGCCAACCAGGAUCCACUUCUUGGAGUCACUCCAUUGUUGGGCAUUGACGUCUGGGAGCACGCCUACUACCUCCAAUACAAGAACGUCAGAGCCGCCUACGUCAAGGGCAUCUGGGAGAUUGUCAACUGGAGCAAUGUUGCUGAGAGAUACAAGAAGGCUUCGUCCAAGUAA